GUGGAGUCCACCAACAUCACAAUUGUGUUUUUUUUUUCUCCUUUUUCCAUUUCUCAGCCUACUCUAUAUACAUAUAUAAUAUACCUCCAUAUAACAUAUAUGUAUAUAUAUAAUAUAACAAAAUUAAAUAAAAAAAACAAAACCCAUUAAUCUCUCUUUACUGCACCUCACGUAAAACAAAUUCCUUAUUUCCCUUCCAUUUCGUUGCUGCCCACUUCCUUUAUUAUAAAUAUAAUAUAUAUAUAAAUAUAUAUUAAAUUACAAAUCUAAAUUAAAUUUCAAAGCCGACCAACCUUAAUAAAUAAUUAAUUUAGAUAGUCGAAAAAAUAAUAAAAUAAUUAAAAUCUAAAAAAAUCGAGUCAUCACAUUUGAUUUCCCAUCAGACACACUUUUACCUGGCAUGAAGCACGGAUGGAACUUAAAGACCGGCCUAAAUAGAUACUAGACAUCGUGGAGAGAUGCCGCUGACCCAUCUCCUGGAGACUUCACUUAUGGAGUUGAAAUGACUGGGAUUCCUCAGUUUGUUCUUCGGAAGGGUUCAUCAGAGAAGACGUUCCGCACUGGGCCACGGAAUGGAGUUCGAUUUAGUGGUAUUGGUUGGGGGUCAACCACGGUUUUCAAACACAGUUUUAUAUUCAAUGCAGAUGAGGUGUAUUAUAUUGACGAGUCUAGCCAUAUUUCAAGACUUAAGCUGAAUCAAACUGGUAUUCUUCAACGCUUCAUCCUGAAUGAAGGGAGCUCUGAAUGGGCUCUUAUGAAUAUAGUACAGAGAUCCUUGUGAUGUUUAUGGACGCUGUGGUGCUAACGGUAUUUGCAGAAUUAACAAUAGGCCAAUAUGUGAGUGCUUGGAGGGGUUCAUUCCAAAAUCACAGCGGAUGCGUGAGGAGGACAUCACUGGAUUGCCACAACGAGGAUGGAUUUGUGAAACUCAAAAAUGUGAAAUUGCCAGACCUGUUAGAGUUUUGGCUGAAGGAGACUCUGAACCUUAAGGAGUGUAAGGCAGAGUGCUUGAAGAAUUGUUCUUGUACAGCUUAUGCUAAUUCAGAUAUCAGGGGAGGAGGCAGUGGCUGUUUGAUGUGGUUUGACAAUUUAGUUGAUAUUCGUGAUUUCGAUUUCAAAGAGAGCAAGCAAGAUAUGUACAUACGGAUGCCAGCUUCGGAACUCAGUAAGCAUACUUGUUGCGAUACUAUAUAAUAAUAUUCUCAUUCUGCUGUUACCCUUUUCGAUGUCAGCCGUUUGAAUCCUUCUAUGAAUACUCAAAUAAUUUUGUUUGCUCAAAUAUUAGUACAUAGGUUUCAAUCUUUCAAGUAAUUAUGUCAGUUUCAAUUAUGCUAAUCGAUUUUUAUUAUAAUAUGGAGGUCUUAAAAUGAAAUGUUUAGGAUUCAUGUCUAGAUUUUCCUUUAUAUAUGCUUUUCUGAAGGCAAGCAUGCCCAACAACUUUUGCCAUAAAUUUAGACCAUGAUCAGAAGAAGAAGACACUGGUGCUGAUCUGGGAUGGUUGUCCUCAGCUUGUUAACUUGGUGUAUAAUUAAGAAGAGGAGAAAGGAAACAGGUAUACCACCUCCUGUCUUUGGUAUAGAAACGAAGAAUGAAGACUGGGAGUUACCAUUUUUUGAUCUGUUCACUAUUGCAAAUGCCACUACGAACUUCUCUUCCACAAAUAUGCUUGGAGAGGGUGGAUUUGGUCCUGUUUAUAAGGGUAAGCUAGCAACGGGACAAGAAAUAGCAGUCAAGAAGCUUUUGAAUAAUUCCGGACAAGGUGUACAAGAGUUCAAAAAUGAAGUUACUUUGAUUUCCAAACUUCAACACUGGAAUCUUGUUAGGCUGCUGGGCUGUUGCAUUGAAGGAGAAGAGAGGAUGCUAAUAUAUGAGUUCAUGCCGAACAAAAGCUUGGACUAUUUCAUUUUUGGUCUAGUUCCCUUGACCAUUUAUCUAAUUGACCAAUUUCAUAGGGCAGUUUAUGCAUUUUUGCGGUAGAAUCCACUGCUGUACUGUAAAAAUGAUAACUGAUUUAAAACUUAUAUGGAUGGAAAUGUUGUGUAGAUCAGAAUGGAAGACAAGAACUUCCAUGGCAAAAGUGAUUUGAAAUUGUUUUGGACAUA